AUGUCGCUCUUUGGGCAGCCAGCAACAGGGACGGGGUUCGGCCAGAGCACGGCAGGAGCAGCAGGAGGCGGUCUCUUUGGUCAGAACAAGCCGGCAGCAGGAGGUGGCUUGUUUGGACAGCCUCAGCAGGCCCAAGCUCAGAACCAACCGGCUGCUGGGACGGGCGGCGGGCUCUUUGGACAGCCUGCACAGCAGAACCAACCACAACAACAACAAGCGGGAACAAUGGGCUCGUCUCUGUUCGGAGGCAACAAUGCAGCCACUCAACAAAACACCGCUGGAGGCGGGCUGUUCGCAGCGGCGGCCCAGAAUCAACAGCCCCAGAAACCAUCCCUGUUUGGUGGUGCCUCGACGAAUCUCUCUGGUCCGACUCUCUUCUCUACCGCCACUCCUGCGAUCCAGCAACCUCAGCAAAUCAACCAACCGCUGCUCGGCACGAGUCUCCUGGCUAGCCAAGCCCCGGGUGGCCUGGCCCAGACACAAUCCGCGACACAGAACCAGCCCGCCGGCGCUUACUUUGAUAGUCUCCUAGCGAAGAGCCAGAAGGGUGGAGAGGCCAAGUCGAACAUGGGAGACCUCCCAAGUCUGGAGCUGGGCCUGGGUGACCUGCGUCACCGUCUGAGGAAGCUGCAGUCCAAGCCCAGCGACAGACCCUUGGAUGGAAAGGCCCAUUACCUCCUCGCUGCCUCUGGUGUAGACCCUGGAGCGGCGGCAAAGGACCUCGGACUGCUGGACGUUCAAGGUGGGCGGGCCGAUCGUGCAACCCACGCCGGCUACGCACCAAGCGAAGUGGACGUCGAGACGUACCUCUCGAACCUGCAGACAAAGACGACAUUGAGCAUGAUUGCGGACGGGCUGGAACGCUCCGUGCGAGACUUUGACAACUUCCUCGAGGACAACGUCACGAUGGAAUGGGACGCGCAGCGAAAGCGAAUCUAUGAACACUUUGGCAUCAAGCCCCGAGAGGAGGCUGCCCCAGGCGUACGCGAGUCUCAAGGAGCAUUUGGCCGAUCGCGCAGAAGCAAGUCACAGGCUGGUAUGUCCAAGGCUGGGAGGAGCAGCAUGCUGGGCAAGUCCCUGGGGCGGUCUGUUAUUGGUGCUCCCACCCGCAUUGGCCCUCACCAAUCCGAGUUCUCUGAUGUCGAGAGGUCUUCAAGCGAUAAGUCUAAGGGCCCUGGACGACCAAUCGACGACAAGGUCCAGCGUGAGAGGCAGGCUAGGCUUGCUGAGAAGGUCCGCCACCUCAAUGCCAGCCGCAUCAUGAAGAGACCUUACCCCAUCAUCUCGGAGCUGGCUGAGGUUGAAAGGAAGUCGGUUGAGCCUCAUGCUAUACACGUGCACGAGGCCUACCUGGCCCUGUCUGAAAUUGUUAGCGAGAACCGUGAUGCUGAAACCACCCUCAACAACGAGACAGCUAAGGAACGAGAGUAUGCCGGUAUUUACUUAAACGACAAUCCCAACUCACCCCAGUCACUGGCGAUGAGAAAGCGCAUCCUCGAGGGCUCAUCGCGCUUCCUUGAGAUUCAGUUCCUUCGUGAGGUUGAAGCGCUCAUCGCAAAGCACCCUCAUGAGGCUAAGCUUGGAGGUCUUCCCGACAUUCAGAGCAAGAUCAGAGCAUACAUUCGUCUAAGGUCGGCCCGAAAGGACUUGGUGCCAGAUGACAGCUCUCUCAUCGUUGUGGGCGGUGAACCCAUUUGGGCGGUCGUCUUUUACCUGCUGAGAUCCGGGCAGGUGGAGGAGGCGGCCAGAUACAUCAACGACAAUGGAGGUGCGUUCAAGAGCACCGAUAGGACAUUCUCGACAUACAUGAACAACUAUGCGGCAAGCGACGACAGGCGCAUCACGAGCAAGAAGCUCCUUGAUCGCUGCAGAAACGAGCUCAACUCCCGCAUCAAACUCGACGCUACACUGGACCCCUUCAGGAGGGCUUGCUACCAGAUUAUUGGCCGUGCCGAGUUGAGCAACCGCAGCCUGGAGGGUCUGAACACCGACAUCAAUGAUUGGAUCUGGCUCCAGUUCAGCCUAGCACGGGAGGGCGACAAGACUAUCGAGAUGGCGGGCGAGUCCUACGGGCUGGUGGAACUGCAGGCCAGCAUUCGGGAAAUUGGCCAGAAGCAUUUCCCAAAGAAUCCUUCCGAGGACAACAACGGCAGCUUCGGUAUGCUCUUCUACCUCCAGAUCCUCGCGGGUCUCUUCGAGGAUGCCCUCGCAUACCUGUACCCCUUUUCGUACAUUGAUGCAGUUCACUUUGGUAUCGCGCUCGAGUUCUACGGCCUUCUCAGGCCCAGCGAUGCCAUGCUCGAGUCCAACGACCUCCGAAGCUACAGCACCAAGAAUCUCCCCCAGAUCAACUUUGGUCGCAUGAUUGGGUACUACACCAGGGAUUUCCGAGCGGCAGAUGUCGAGUCUGCCGUGGACUACCUGACCUUGAUCUGCCUGAACCAGGAUCUCGGCGGAGAGGCUGGUCGCCGUCAUGGUAGCCUGUGUCACGAGGCUCUGAGAGAUUUGGUCUUGGAAACACGCGAAUUCAGCCAACUGAUUGGAGAUAUCCGACCCGACGGACGCCGCAUCAAGGGUAUCAUUGAAGAGAGGGGACCUUUGAUUGGCCUCGAUGUGGAGGAUGACUUUGUCAACACGGUGACGUUGCAGGCAGCCAGCUUUGCUGAUGAGAACGGGCGCACCACAGACUCAGUUCUGUUGUACCACCUUGCGGGAGAAUACGACACGGUUGUCGCGAUUGUGAGCCGGGCACUUAGCGAGGCCAUCUCACUAGACAUUGGCGAGGAUCCUAUGCGACUGAUGCCGGUCAAACCCAGGGCAGGCCCUUCGGCGGAGAAUCUACAGGGAAGCAGCCUUAGUUUGGCAGCCAUCGAUGAUCCUGUCGAGCUUGCCAAGACGAUGAUGUCCAUCUACGAAAAGAAUGCCAUGUUCUACCCGAAGAUCCAGGAUCAAAGCAAGGUGGCUUGCGGUGUCCUGCUCGAGAUGAGCAACAUCAAGAGCCUGGUUGAGGCUAGCCAGUGGGCACCCGCUCUAGACAAAAUCCGAGCGCUCCAGAUCCUACCACUGGAGGCCAACGGCGACGCCAGCAUCAUCCGUGCCUACGCCUCCAAGUUCUCCGGUCUUCCACAGCCAGUGUCUAUCAAUGUGCCUAACCUACUCAUGUGGACAGUUGUCUGCUGUGUGCGGCAGAGAGAACAGCUGAGCAACGGACAGUUUAGCGGGAACGAGGGGACCAGAAGGCUGAUGGUCGAGCAGCUGAAGCAGAUUACGCUCGACCUCACUACGUACACCAGCCAGCUGCGUUACCGCUUCCCACCGCAUUUGCAUGAGGCUCUAGCUAGGGCUUCUGCGGAAUAG